GCAACACGGGCCCGAUCACUGGCUGUACUGCCUCCCCGCUCACAAGCCGCACGUCCCGCACAUCAGCUGCUCUCUGCCCGACAGUCCUGUUGGAUAUACCGCCGAACAAAGGACACCGCAGCCCGGGAACGGUCAGUGAUGGUCAGUGCUAGUUAGAACCUGCAGCUGAGGAUGUCUGCUACGGAUUCGGACAACUCCAUCGACUGGCUGGCGAGCGACAAUGAGGAGAACGAAAGCGAGCGGGAGUUCGACUGCUCCAGCGAGCACGGCAAGGCCGAGGCCUCGCCGCCCCCCGGCGCGCCCCCUCACCUGGGCCUGUCCGACGGCGGACAGCUGAGGGGCGGCGGCUGGAGCCAGGUCUCCGGCCGCACGGAGACGUGGGACAGAGGAAGCGCCACUGGACUGUGUAAACCGCAGCAAGGGGGGAAACCGAACGGCAAGAACACCCAGCAAGCACUGAAGAGACCUCACGGCUCCGAGGAGGAGGAAGAGGAGGAGGAGUGCAGGGAAAGGCAGCUCAGCGCGUCGGAGAGAGACUGGCUUUUCAGCAGAAAGUGUAUGGAGCUACAGUGCUACAUUGACCCGCUGUCGUCCAUCUUGAAUGGCCUUCGUUCAGGGAGAUACAAAGAAAGACUCAGCAGUUUCCAGGAGAGUGUAGCCAUGGACAGGAUCCAGAGAAUCAUGGGUGUCCUGCAGAACCCCUGCAUGGGGGGGAAGUAUAUUGAUAUCAUUCUAAAAAUGGAGGGAAUGCUGAAGAGCUGGUUUCCCAACGUCAGAGUCCAGCAGCAGCUUGACGUCACACACACAGAAGAAGCUACUCCUACCAAGAAACCCAAGCUCUCGCCCGUGACCAUCGCUGCAGCGGCGAGCCCCGUCCCCGCCAGCGACCCCCCGGCCGGCGCCAAGGCCCUGAGGGUCACGGACCUCACUCCCCCCGGAGCGUACUCCGCCAAUAACCUGAAGUGGCUCCACACGUCGCCCAUCUGCUCGCUGACGGCAGAGCAGGCCCAGGCUGGUCCCCGGCACCUGCUGCCCCCCAGAGACAGAGACCUAACGCAGGACAGCGCCGUGUCCUCCAGCACGGACAGCAACACUAAGACUGACCCGCUCCCCCGCGGACCCCCGCCGCCGGGCAAGAUCAACGCCCCCUAUCUAGAGAGGCUCCUCAAAUCGAGAGACAGCAUCAUCCCGCGGCGGGGGGCGGGCACGGGGACGGGCGGUUUGAUGGACAGCAGCUGGUCCUAGUCCACGCAGAGGGCGGGCCGUCCUCGCCUUGUCCGCCCCGCCGGGAGCCGAUCGGCCCGCUUCGCUCAUUCCAGCCUUUCAGGAGAGACAGGAGCCUUUAAAAGGGACGUCACCGAUUCCCCCGCAGCGGGGAGGGAGUGUCCACAGACACGCCGUACUCUCUGUCUGGCAACGCGCCCUCAAUGACAUGACAAGUGUCCGCUUUACUUCCCAUCUGUUGACUUCUCCUCUCUCUCUCUUUUUAUUUUUAUUUUAUUUUUUUUUUCCUGUUUGUUUUUUUUUUUUUUUUUGUUUGCACUCUUGAAUAGCAUGUGUGAGAGUUGGAAGGAUAGAUUUCACGUGGCGAGAUAACCAGAAGCAAGUAUUUUUUUUUUCUUUUUUUUCUUCUUUUCACAAACCGAUUUGUUCCCACUGGCUUGUAGAUGUUAACGACACAGUUUGAGUAUCUGUGAAACUGCCGUUAUGCCUGAAAGGGAAAAGAGCUAAGUUUGUGCUGGAAGGAAGGAAGGAAGGAAGGAAGGAUUCGCGUGUCGACGAGCCGAAAACGUGAGUGAAAUGUGACGUUGGCCUCCUCCACCCUCCACCUCCACCACCUCCCCAUUGACUCCACUUUUUAAGUUUUAUCGAUGUGACUGUUACUCAUUUGUAUUCUUUAUAAAUAAGUCUUUUUUUUUUUUUUUUUGGUACAACUGUUCUACCUCGGCGAGCACCACGUCACGGUUAGUGAGUAGGAAUGUGAACACUAGGCUCAAAGUCUGGACACCUCACCGGACGGCGGUCUCCGGCGGCCGGGUCCACGGCGCACGUCGCUUCACGUGCACAAACAGAGGAUGCUCUCUCUCUCUCUCUCUCUCUCGGUCUCUCUCUCUCUCGCUGGGGAUGCUCCUGUGGCCUGACUGGUGUCAUUGUAAAGAAUGUCAACUGCAAAUUUCUUUCUUCUUCCUUUUUUUUUUUUGUUUUUUUUGUUUUGUUUUCUUCGGUCUCCCAGUAGAAGGCGAACAGUGCCUGUAACGUCAAGCUGUGCCUGUAAGCCGGUUCAAUAAAGAGAGAAUCGUUUUCGUAUACCUGCUCCUCCGUGGGAUGUACAAAUCAGGAAUUCUCGCUCUCCUGCCAUUUUUCCUGUAUCAAGUAAAUUAUUCAGAUCUUGCCAACUACUUUCUGUGGUGGAGUAGAACAUUUUACUAUUUUAUUUUGCCACAGAACUGGACAAGCGCGUAUGUUCGACCAGCAGAGAGGGACAAGGUAUUUUGUCUGUGUAAAUCUUAGAAACAAAGGUUGUCAAUUUACCCUGAAAAGUGGCCUUUAUAGUGUGAAAUUUUAUACUUUCAAAAUAAAUGUGGUUAUAUUUGUUUGAUGCAAAAAAAAA